GCAACGCAUCUCUCACAGUCUUCAAUUUGCAGUUCGACUUAGGAUACCCUCUCAAAUAUAACACACAAAAUUAAACAUGAAGAGUUUUCUGGUUUUGUGCUUUGUGGCGUUGGCAGUCGCCGACGUGAAACACCUGACAGAUCGCAAUCUGGAUCUGUUCAAGUAUAAUCCGGGCGAUAUCUACACCCUGCCCGAGGACAUCGACGACGAUAAGCCCGCCGUUCAUUUCAGCGGCGAUGUGAUGAAGGCCAAAACCGAGAAGCUGCAAAACUACAAUGCGGGCAAAAAGUUCAAACUCGAAUUGAAGACCCAGAACGGCAUUGAGGUCAACAGCGUGGGCAAACUGAAGGACGACAAGACCUUUGUGGUAAGCGGCUCGUACUCGUUCACGGGCGCCGAUGGCAAGCGCUACAAGACCCGUUAUACGGCCGAUGAGUUCGGCUAUCACCCAAUCACCGAGCUGGAUCUGGACUUGCCUGACCCACAGCCCUUGGCUCCUGCGGGCCCCAAGCCAGCCGCCGACCUGAGCAGCCUGCUGGGCAACAAGAAUCGCUUCCAGUUCCUGCAGCAGAAUCUGAACAACGAGCAAGGACCACUGCGCGGCAGCGGCCAGAGCGGCGAUGACUACAGCUACAGGGCACCCAUCGAUGACAAUGCCAAUGCCAAUGGCAUCUAUGGACCUGGCUCUGAUGGCAGCUUCGGUGUUGACCCCAACGCUGGCAUCGGCAGUCUCUUCGGCGCCGGCAAUCCGUAUGGCAGCAAUGUCAAUGGCAACGGCUACAACUACCAGCCCCCCGCAGAGCCGUCCCGUCUCUAUUUGCCCACGGCAUAAGCAUGGAGGAUGUUCCCAGUCCAGAGAGCAAGUCCUUCCGUAAAAGCAACCCCCUCCCCUCGACCCUA